CCGUGGGUUGUUGAUCUUGCCAGUGCAGAUCAACCUUAUUCCUGCAAGCAAAUCGAAGAAACAUGCAAGAACAAGAUAAAAGCAAUCUAAAUUGCAAAUAGGAAUUGAGUACAAAUGAUAAGUUUGGGGUUCUAUAACGAGCAAACCGGCGAUCUAACCGAUCACGGGAUUACCCGGCAAAGUAGCAAAGCUAAACUUUAAUCUAAACAAAACCCAAGAAACCCUGAAGGGGAAUCUAACUAUUUAUGGAGAUGGGUGGACCCGAGGUCGUCCUCCACCUAGUUGGGGUGCACCCCACAUGGGCUCCACUUGGGCCGGGGUCCCAAACGAAGUUACAAGCCCAUAGGCCCAUUAUAGGUGACGCAACACCUUGUUCUAUCAAUUGCGGCUCACUGAGAUGGAGUUUCGCAAUGAGGCUGGAUCCGUUGGAAAAAUGACUCCGAGAGCUUUCCAUGAAGUACUCACGGGUCGAAAACAGAGCUCGUAUGCAGAUUUGGCGGCCGUUUGAAGUCAGCAGUGUAGCAGGUGGCCAAAUCGGAUUCUAGCACUUGGAGGACUUGAUCUUUAUAUCAUCUUGUUCAUCCAUUAUGUGAGCAAUGGUUGUAUCUGUAGUAGUCAUGGUCACAUCACUUAUCUUUGUCCUAGAUUUUCUUUUUGAAGUUGUGUAUAAGCACUAAUACUGAGAUGUGCACCUCUGCAUCAGCAUACCAGAGACAUGAGUGAAAUCAAUGGAGUCAGAAGGUAUUUUGAAAUAUUUGAUUGAGAAGACAUGCUUGAGCAUCAUAAGGUUUAUCUUUAUUUUUCCCCCAAAUGUUGCAUUAUAUCCUCAAAGAAAACGGUGUUAUACAUGCAAAUAUUGAUGAUGGUAUUAAUUAAUCAUGGCUUGCAUUUGACAAACAUGAGGCUAAAAAUAGUUAGUACUUUCUGGUUAUGUAAAGUCCUUUUCCAAGAGUUCAAUUCUUUUAUCCAUGAGGAAUAAGUAUUAUCAUAUUAAUGUGCUUUAUCAAGGUGGUUUGUACUAGGGUCACAAGCUUUAAGACUUGAAAUGCUAUGUUUUUUUUUUGCCUCCAUCCUUUUUUGUCUACACAUAUUCUACAGAGUGCAACUAGAUCAAAUCAGACUUAAUUAUCUCCAAACUCCAAUAGAACUGAACAAUAUGUCUAUCAUGUGAUAUAUUGUUGAUCUUUGCAACAUUCUGUUUAACUAAUGUGAAAUUGUUAACUACUUUCCUCAGUUGAUGGCGUAUAACUCUUGUCCACAUCUCUUCCAGGUAAAACGCAUUAUUCUUCCCCUUGGUCUUGGAGGUGAUGAUCAAUAUGAUUAUUAUUGGAAUUACCUUGUGUACAUUGUUUCUACUUGUGCAGAACUUUUUUUACAUUGAUAUCUUUAAACUUUGACACUUUUUUUACAGUAUAAAAGCAAAUACUUUGGUUCUUUAACUAAAGAAGGAACUUCUAUGGCCUAGAAAAUUCGCACCGUGUUGAAGAUAAUAAAUCGGCAGUACUAACUCCCUACACAACUGUUGUCCACAAACCUCAAUAUAGAGUUGUAUUGAUCAAACCAGAGAAAGCCAUGCAUAUUACUAGAUCUUUUGGUCUCAACAUGGUCAUGAUGUAUGUUGCCGGGGAACGGUAAUUGAUCAUUUCCGAACCCAGUUCAUCCUCGUAUCUCUUUUUCACUUUUUAUUCUACCUUUACCCCUGCUACCCAGAGAAGUAUUCCUGUCAAACUCUUCUCGACUAUGGAGCAACCUCUCUUGGAGCUAUCCGCUCUAGGGGCGAAUUUUAUGAGCCAUCUCCUUCAUCGGAGCCAAUUUAUACAACUGGCUAUGAAAUUCGCCCCGAACUCAUCAGUAUGAUUAGAGAAAAUCUUUUUUCUAGCUUUGAUCUAGAAAAUCCCUACCAUCAUCUGUGAGACUUUGAGCAAGUCUGUUCAUGCCUUAAGAUUUGUGGUAUGAGACAAGAAACUAUAUGGUGGAAAUUGUUUCUGUUCUCCCUUCAAGAGAGAGCGAAGCAAUGGUACACCUCUACCAUUGGAUGUGUAAAUGGUAGUUGGGAAAAGUUACGAGUCAGAUUCUGCCUUGCCUUCUUCCCAGUUACUCGUAUAGCUGCCCUUCGAGUAGAGAUCCUUAGUUUCCAGCAAAUCAAAAAUGAAUCAAUCAGUGCAACCUCGUCGAGAUUCACUAAUUUAGUGCAGUCCGGACCAACCUUGUCCAUACCCGAAUAUGUACUCUUGCAACAUUUCCAUACGGGUUUGGAUAAGGAAUCUGCAUUCUAUCUGGACAUAACCAUCGGAGGAUCAUUCAUGCACAAAACACCAUCGGAAGGAAAAGUAAUUUUAGAUCGCAUUCUAGAAAAUACUCCCUUCAUGGCACAAUCUGAUGAACCCCAGCUAGAGGCAUCCGUGUCCAAGAUAGAGGAACCUUCAGCAAUUGAGUCACAAUCUGAGCCUUCCACUUCCACUGACUUGAUUGAUGAGAAAGUUCCUGAGCAGCCAUCCGUUGAGAAUGAAGAAAUUCAGACUCCGGCUCGUGCCACAACUCUGUUCAGGGACGGUUUUGACGAAGAUUAUGGCAACUCCCUGAACUAUUUCAGUAAAAAGAAACCACUCGUCCCCUUAACGCCUACUGAUCCUAUGGAACUUGGGUUCCUCAGGGAAACUGUUUGGGAGCUAACAUCCAUAAUGAGCAACGAAUGGCUAAGAGAGGCAGAGCUUUCAUCCGAAGUAAUUUGGAUAAAUACCCCUCCCGAAUCAUUCCUUGCCAUCUGGAAGGGAACGAUGUUGGUAUUCUUUACAGUCCAACUGUCGGGGUUAAUCUCAUCUCUGAGUCAUUUGCAUUCGCUUAUUUGAGCGAUAAGGCAGUAACCCCGAUAAACAAAUUCUUCAAGCACCCGAACGGAAAUAUUAUUGAAGGAUUUAGGAUUAUACAAGAUGUGCCUAUCUGCUUUGAAGAUAGGGAGGCAGUCUUGGAUUUCCACGUCUUUGAAAUUCAAGAUUUUGACAUUCUAAUCGGGCUUCUCAUUGAGCAACUCCUAAUAAACACGCCCCGGUUAGAUAGCCUCAAGAUAACUUUGGGAGGGAAUGAAUUCUCAGUCUCAUUCUCGCGGGCAAGGUUCGCCUUGAACGACUCUCUCCCAGAGAUUGAGUCAGCGGAGGAGGUUACAGCAGUUCCCCCUCACGAGUCUCCCAAGUCCCUUUUGGAAGAUGAAGUCCCUGACUUCAUCAAGGAAGAAGCGGAACCCCGAGAGACUCUCGAUCUUCCAAUCUUGGAACCACUACCUCGACCUCCGCAUGAGCUUAAACCUCUACCUCAAGGCAUACGCUAUGCUUUCUUACACAAUGACAGAGAAGCCCUUGUCAUAAUCAGUGACAAGCUCUCCGAAGACGAGACUCGACGUCUUCUGACUAUGUUAGAAAAGCAUCGCGCUGUUCUUGGCUAUUCCCUUCAAGAUCUUAGAGGGAUUAAUCCCGCGCUUUGCACCCAUCGUAUCACUAUUGACCCCGAGAGUACCCCCUCCAGGGAACCUCAACGACGGCUCAAUAAUGCGAUGCGAGAAGUUGUAAAGAAAGAGGUCCUGAAACUCCUGCAUGCCAGGAUUAUUUAUUCCAUACCAUACAGUGAGUGGGUUAGUCCGGUCCAGGUUGUGCCAAAGAAGGGAGGAAUGACGGUCGUUGCAAAUGCUCAAAAUGAACUUAUUCCGCAACGAACCGUAACUGGAUGGAGAAUGUGCAUAGAUUACAGGAAACUUAACAAGGCUACAAAAAGGAUCAUUUUCCGCUACCCUUUGUGGGGACACCCAAUAAAGUCAUGGUGCACCCACGAAUACGUAACUGCCCAGGAUAUUCAGUUACGCAUGAAAUGAUAUAAAAGCAUAAACUUCGAUUAUACAAUACUUAAGUCACUUAGUUCACAACACAACAUAAAUACAAACCAUUACAUAUAUGGCCUAUAAAGCCUUAUUUCUACAAACAGAUAAACUGCUAGACUUCACCACAGGAACUGCCUGAGCGUAGGAUGACCUAGUAGAAACCAUAGCUGUCCCACUCUAACGGGUCAACAGGAUCUUCACAAGCAUCUUCCUCCUCAUGAUCUGAACCCAUUUAUGAGUACAAAAGGUACUCAACAAGACAUUCUUAUGAUAAUAAAUACAAUAAUUGCAAUAUAAAACAUGUAGUAUCGAGAGCUGGAAGGUUUAAACCCUAACCUUAACAAUUAUUUCAUAGAGCCUAACUUAAUAAACAUUUGAUAUAAACAACACUAUUGAACAUUUAAUUUAAACAAUAAUAAUGAGCAUAAAAAUAUAUAUGUUACUUAUAAAUAACUUGAAUAGAACAUCAAGUAAUAAAUAAGUUAACCAUAUUAAUUAAUAGCCAUUUUGUUUAACUUGUGCCCAUAAUCUGGAAUCACCCAUAGACACAUCUCCAUUAACCGGGAGCACGGUGUAUUCGAAUACUCAACGACUCUGCAGCGUCUACCCAGCUUUACCCACACGAUACCCACAGCUGGCCAGGCUGAAAAGUA